AUGCACUUAUCAGGAAAUGGCACGAUGGUCAACUGUAUUAUCUGGGGUAUUCCUGGCCCUUACUAUGAUUUUAUCCCUUGGCAAACUUUUGAUGCUUGUCACCGGAAAUGCAAACAACGGAGAUCUCACCGAAGCAGAUCAAUGGCUUGCCGAAAUUGGACUGAAACAAUAUCGACCUCUCUUCAAAAAGAAAGAUUCAAAAACCAAAGCGAAGCAAGCUGAUAAAUCUGCGUCAGUGUCCAAACUUUUAUCAUCUUGGCCCUGGCUGAUGCCAAGGAUAUAAGCGCUUGCGCGAAUGUUCCUUCGGAGUUAGGCUUUUAUAUCUCGGUAUUGGUGGAAUGAACGAAUGGAUACGAAGUUCCCAGCUGCGGCAAUGUCACUGCGCGCUGUUUGCACUUGAGCCAAUGGGGUGGGGACACUGCCCCUGCUCUCACCCUUUUCGAGAGCAAACGUUUUAUGACCUCGUGACGAGCGAGCGAUGCGACGGUGAACGAAAGAAAGAAUGCUUCGUAGUCGGUAAAAGUUGACGAGCGAAGAGAACGACCGUGGAGGAAUUAUGCCGGACAAAAAUCGAGGCUGUCGAGAUGGACAACGCGACAAAGAUUUCUUUGCCGAUGAGAUAUCGUCCAUCGGCAUGUCGCUACGGCCCAGCGGUAGCGCUUCUUCCGGUAUCUCAUCCCUUGCGAGUUGUGGCGAGGUGGACGCGUUGCCGGAAUUACCAGCCCAGGACGAGGAACGAUUGCAACGCGCCGCACGUUUGUUGCAACAAAGGCUCGUUUUACGGCAAUGGCUCACUGACCAUGGCUUGCACAGCCAUUAUCAAAAAUUAAUGCAGAUGGAAGUGAUGUCUCUGGAGGAUGUGUAUUGGGUGGAGGAUAAUGCGGCACGGGCAGCCCUUGGCAAGGAUUUACCGCGAUGGACCCAGGCCAGACAGACGUUGCCUACUUCAAAGGAAGAUUUAGAAACCCUCAAGGCUGAUUUGUGGAGCGCCGUGGUGAAAAAUAGCCAACAUCAAGACGCUUGGACAUGGGGUGGAAUGUUAGUUGUCUCCGUGUCAGUAGCAGGGUUAGUGACCCUGGCUGCUAUGACACAGCCGGCUCUAGCACCAGAGGCAAAACACUCCUUGUUACAGUAUGUGACCGGAAAGUAUUUACUACCGAGCAAUUGUCGGGUUCAUUUUGCAUGGGAUGAGCCGCAGCUUGUGGGAGAAACUAUGACGUUUACAGUGAAGUUUUAUCAACGCAACGGCCAACCGUAUCCAAUUUGUGACAAAGACAAUUUGAUCGUCGAAGUCACAGAGGGUACACGAAGAGUAGCUACCCUAAUAGAGUUAGGAGGCACUGAUCCCUUAGCUGCAAACACUGCAGUUGUAAAGUUUACUGUCCGCCAUGCUGGACAAUAUCGAAUAGCCGUACUUAUUGGUUCGUGUCACGUUCACGGCAGCCCGUUCCUUAAAAAUUUUCUUCCCGGCCCCCCAGAUCCGAAUAAGACCGUGUUCGUAAGACAAAGUUCAACGGUCGUUUGUACAGCCGGAGUUGCACAUUCUAUGACAAUAGAGCCGCGAGAUGAAUACGAUAAUCUAUGUAUAUUUGGACCUGGUGAUAAACCUACGGAGGGUUAUCAAGUUAACAUUACUCAGAUUGGUAGUACAAUGAAUAAAUCGGCUAUUACAAAUUGCAGUAUACAAUUUGACUAUGACUCUCCAAAUCAAAGGAUUCGUUUAAAAGUCAGUUUCCCGAAGGGCAACUGUUACCAUGCGACAGUUAGUUUACGCGGAUUGCAACUACAUAACGGCGAUUUUGACAUCAUUGUACUCGAGAGUGAUGUUGCUAGAAUGGUACAUAAUAACGUGGCCUCGAAAGAUCCCAACAUUUGUUAUGCCGCAAAAUUGUUGGGUAUGCAAGGAGAAAAAUUUUCGAAACCGAAAAAAGUUGUCUGCUUUAUUUCGCCUAAACAGCUCACUAUCAAGGAAUACUUGUUAAGAAUUAUACCAAAAAGGCUCGUUACUUUCAGGCUUUGCCCAUCAACUAAAUUCCAUUUUGAUUGUUCAAAUAAUCAAUACGAUGGUUACGACUCUUUUUCUAUCGAUGAUGGAUGUCAGCCACCCGUUGAAUUAAUUUCUCUGUAUCGAGAUAUAAUAGCCGCUACAUUUACGUUGUUUUUGUUGAAAAAUAUAGGUGGAAGUGAAACUUUUGCUGACAAACAAGAUUUCUUUUAUCACGAAGUUCGAAAGCAUCAUCAAAAACAUUACCACGAAAAACUUCUGGUGAAAGUUCAACGCGAUAAAUUGCUAGAAUCGUCUAUGAAAUCUACAAAAGGAUUCUCUGUUAGUGAUUGGUGUAGAAAUUUUGAGAUCAAUUUUCAAGGUGAACAAGGUGUUGAUUGGGGUGGUGUUCGACGAGAGUGGUUUGAAUUAAUUUGCGCGGCUCUAUUCGAUUCUGGAAACGGUUUAUUCGCGUCCUUCGGAGAAUCACAGCAGGCACUAGUUCAUCCUAACAGUAAACGGCCUUCACAGCUUAAACUAAAGCAUUAUGAGUUUGCAGGGCGAAUCGUGGGCAAAUGCUUGUAUGAAUCUGCUCUUGGUGGUUCCUAUAGACAGUUAGUACGUGCAAGAUUUACGAGAUCAUUUCUUGCGCAAAUCAUAGGCCUCAGAGUACAUUAUAAGUAUUUCGAACAGGAUGAUCCAGAUUUAUAUCUGAGCAAAAUAAAGUAUAUUCUUGAAAAUGAUGUCGAGGAAAUGGAACUUUAUUUUGUCGAAGAAGAAUAUGACAAAGAUGGUCAAUUAUUAAAAGUAGCUGAAUUAAUUCCUGGAGGUAGUAAGAUUCGUGUAACAAACGAUACGAAACUUCGUUAUUUGGAUGCACUCGCACAACAUAGACUCGCUAGUUCCGUACGAAACGAAGUAGAACAUUUUCUAAGAGGUCUAAACGAACUUAUUCCUGAUAAUCUUUUGGGAAUUUUUGAUGAAAACGAACUUGAAUUAUUGUUGUGUGGUACUGGUGAAUACAGCGUAGCAGAUUUACGUGCGCACCAUAUAGCUAAUGGAAGCUCCCCAGAGUUUCUUCGAGUUCUUGAUUGGUUCUGGACUGCAGUUAGCAACUUCACGCAAGAGGAGAUGGCCCGACUAUUACAAUUUACCACAGGCUGUUCGCAAUUACCACCAGGUGGAUUUCAACAAUUGAGUCCACGAUUUCAAAUUACAGCAGCACCAACUUUUGCCAAUUUGCCUACAGCACAUACUUGCUUCAAUCAGCUCUGCUUACCCGAUUAUGAAUGUUACGAUCACUUUGAGCGAGCUUUGUUAUUAGCGAUUAGUGAAGGUACUGAAGGAUUUGGUAUGAUUUAAAGAUUAAAUGUCAAUUAAGUUCUAGUCUUAUCGAAUUUUAUUAUUUAUUUCUUUUUUUUUUUUAUUUGUAAUCAAUACAAUUUUAUU